CCUCCGAAUACCUUCUUGUCUCCCAUGGCCCAUAUACCCAUAUAAUCGUGUUCCUCGUCCUUCCCUCCCUUUCCCCCCUUCUUUUCUUCUUCCCAGCGGAGGUCUGGCUAACGGCCAUCCCUUAUUCCGUAUAUACAUGCAUGCUGGCCCUGCAUCCAUAAGGGUCGUCUGAGGGUCCAGUCGCAAAGAUGUUACACCGCGGAGCAGCCCUGCUGCUGCUCCUCCUCUGUAUCGCCAGCGUUGUCCUCGCUGCGCGGGAUUACUACGCAGUCCUUGGAAUCGGGAAACAGGCCUCGGACAAGGAAAUUAAGUCGGCGUACCGCAAGCUCAGCAAGAAAUACCACCCAGACAAGAAUCCUGGCGACGAAACGGCAAAAGACAAGUUCGUCGAAGUCUCGGAUGCCUACGAAGCCCUCAUCGAUCCCGAACAACGCAGCAUCUACGACCGGUACGGCCACGAAGGCCUCAAGCAACACCAGACGAACAAGGGCGCCGGCGGCGGGCGCCACCACGACCCGUUCGACCUCUUCGCGAGCUUCUUCGGCGGGGGCGGCCACUACGGCCACCAACCCGGCGUGCGCAUGGGCCCCGACGUCAACGUGCGGGUGGGCAUCUCGCUGCGCGACUUUUACAACGGCGCCACGACCGAGUUCCGGUGGGAGAAGCAGCACAUCUGCGAGGCGUGCGAGGGCACGGGGUCGGCCGACGGCGUGGUGGAGACGUGCCCGCACUGCCACGGCCACGGCAUCCGGCUGAUCAAGAAGCAGAUCGCGCCCGGCAUGUUCCAGCAGCUGCAGACCACGUGCGACGCCUGCGGGGGCAGGGGCAAGGCCAUCCGCCACAAGUGCCCCGCCUGCCGCGGCGAGCGCGUGGUGCGCAAGGCCACGACGGUGACCCUCAAGGUCGACCGCGGCGCCGCGCGCGACGCCCAGCUCGUGUACGAGAACGAGGCCGACGAGAGCCCCGACUGGGUGGCCGGCAACCUGGUCGUCACGCUGUCGGAGAAGGACCCCGACAACGACAACGACAACCCGGACCGCGUCGACGGCGUCUUCUUCCGGCGCAGGGGCGACGACCUGUUCUGGACCGAGCUCCUUUCGCUGCGCGAGGCGUGGAUGGGCGAUUGGUCCCGCAACCUGACGCACAUGGACGGCCAUGUGGUGCGCCUCGGUCGCCCCCGCGGCGAGGUGGUGCAGCCGAACCAUGUCGAGACGGUGGUGGGAGAGGGUAUGCCCAAGUGGCACCAGGACAACGACAGCCCCUACCACGAGAUGGAGUUUGGGAACUUGUACGUGCAGUAUGUCGUGGUGCUGCCGGACCAGAUGGAGGCCGGCAUGGAGAAGGAUUUCUGGAGUAUGUGGCAGAAGUGGCGGAAGCAGGUCGGAGUCGACUUGCAUCAGGAUAGCGGGCGGCCGGAGAAGCCACCGGUACGCGAUGAGUUGUAGAUGCAAUUUCUUUCUGGUCGGGCGUGCGGUGGUUUGUCUCUGUGUAUAGGCAGGUGGACGUCUGUAUGUACGAAGUAGGCCGUGUGGACGGUGCGUGUGGAUGGUGCGCGUGGAUGAAGAAGCAAUGGAGCGAACCGGUUAUCAUGAAAGUAUAUGAUAGAACGAGCUAUAUAGAUUUGACCCUCUCUGCACACAGGAAGGGGAAAAAGAUGCCAAGUCGCAAGUUACUUGGUCAGCGUGCCGUAGAUGUGAGGCAAAGGAUGACACCAGGGUUCCGCAGGAGGCUGGACGAGGUCGAUGUGUUCCCAUGGUCCGACUGCCCUGAGGUGCUUUUCGGUAUCACGGCACAUCUCGCAGCCUCCGAUGAUGCGAGGCCAGAAUAGAUUGACAAAUCGU